GAUUCCCCAAACCGUGUCUUGCAAAAGUUCCAAACCCUUCUCAGAAAAAUACCUUAAAAUCCUUUUCAUUCCUCUCCUUGCCAAUUCAAUUCCCCUGAAGCAUCUCCAAUGCCAAACCCAAAUCUCCACAUAUUCCUCUACAUUUCUUUCUUCAUUUUAAAACUGAGUACAAUUUUCGCAACACAAACGACAACUAACAUCCUCCACCAAUUCAAAGAGGCUCCUAAGUUCUACAACUCCGCAAGCUGUCCUUCCACCACCCUCAUCAACAACUCCAACGAUGCACAUGACAUCGACGACAACAUCUGCUACGAAAACGCCAUCCACGUGGCAAUGACACUCGAUGCCAUGUACAUUCGCGGCUCAAUGGCCGCGAUCCUCUCCGUCCUCCAACACUCCUCGUGUCCACAAAACGUUAUUUUCCAUUUCGUCACUUCCAUUUCAUCAAACGCAACACUACUAUGCGCGACAAUCGCGAAUUCGUUCCCCUACCUCAAAUUCCGCGUCUACAAUUUCGACGAUGAUGCCGUGGCACGUCUCAUUUCCACCUCGAUCCGGUCCGCCCUCGACUGCCCUCUGAACUACGCGCGCAGCUAUUUACCAAACAUUUUACCGAAUUGCGUGCGCAAAAUAGUCUAUCUAGACUCCGACUUAAUAUUAGUCGAUGACAUAGCGAAAUUGUCCGAAACGCCGCUAGGCGAAGAUUCGGUCCUUGCGGCCCCCGAAUAUUGUAACGCUAACUUCACCUCAUAUUUCACACCUACAUUCUGGUCAAAUCCUUCACUAUCCUUAACAUUCGCUAACCGCAAAGCAUGUUACUUCAACACCGGAGUCAUGGUGAUUGAUCUUGAUCGCUGGAGGCUCGGCGAUUACACGACGAAAAUCGAGGAAUGGAUGGAGUUACAGAAGAGGAUGAGGAUAUAUGAGCUAGGCUCAUUGCCUCCUUUCUUGCUAGUGUUUGCCGGGAACAUAGCUGCUGUGGAUCAUAAGUGGAAUCAGCAUGGACUAGGUGGUGAUAACUUUCGGGGGCUUUGUCGGAAUUUACAUCCGGGUCGUGUUAGCUUGUUGCAUUGGAGUGGGAAAGGGAAGCCAUGGGUGAGAUUGGAUGCUAAUAGGCCUUGUCCUCUUGAUGCUCUUUGGGCUCCUUAUGAUCUUCUAAAACCUCCAUUUUCUUUCGAUUCUUGAGUUAAAAUUAGGAACUUUAAGAACAAUUAGUUGGUGCCUUGAUGGCAGGGGAGUUUCGGAGCAUGGCCUCUUCUCAUGCAUGUUGUUAAGGUCGAGGGUUCAAGACUCAGUGGAGAGGUCGUAUGUGAAUAUUUAACUUUCUGUGAGUGAUCUCCACAGCCGAUGAUGAGGCUUAAAGCCUUGUACAUUUAAGUCCAUGUUGUGACGUUGGUUAUGCAAAUUUGGUUUUGUCUAG